GCUGCCACGGAGCCAGGCCAUGCACUUGCACUCGUGAGAGGAGCGCUCGCCCUCCCGGCGGGGCCCGUCGGCACCCCCUGGUCACCUCUGUCACCGGCAGCAGGGCCGACAUGUGCCUAUGACCAUGGAGAUAAAGGACUCAGGCAGCGUGGUCCUGACAGCCUACCACCCCCACAGCCCGGCCAGGAUCCCGGGCAUGGAGCAGAGCUUUGUGCAGGACAUCCCUCCCAGCCAUUCGCCCACCAGCAGAAAGUCUCUCCCUCGUUGUCGAAGAAUUAACAGGAUGCUUUCCAACGAGUCGGCACCUCCUCCUGCAUUCGGUCGCUCCAACUCACAGGCCUCCAUGGACAGCACCUCCAUGGAGGACUUCUGGUGCGAAGUGGAGAGCAUCAAGGAGAGCAGUGAAGAUGGAUCUGAAGAAGCAACACUCUUAGAGUUCAAACCUGCUGAUGAAGGGGAGCUGGAGGCAGAAUGGCUACAAGAUGUAGGUUUAUCUACAUUGAUCUCUGGAGCCGAAGAGGAGGAUGGCCAAGCCCUGCUGUCCACUCUGACCCGAACCCAAGCUGCUGCCGUACAGAAGCGGUACAACACCUACACUCAGACCCUGAGGAAGAAGAACAAGCAUACAGUCCGGGAUGUGCGAGAUAUCUUUGGCACUAAUGACUCUUCUCCCACAUUUGAGACAGUUCCAGUGUCACCAGUUCCUUCUAAUGGUAUCCAGCUUCCUGGGCAGAAGCCAGUUUGGAAAUCAGUUAGCUCUAAUAGCUGUCUAGACUGCGGACUAGAUAAAGGCAGCCCAUCCAUAACAGAAGAGCUCUCCUAUGAGGUCUCUUUCUCAGAAUCCAUUGCGAUCUUUCCAAAAACCCAAGAAUGGCCGAAAAACCAGAGGUUCAAAAAGGAAGACUCUGCUUUGCCUAAAUUCAUUGUUCGGAAAAGCCGGUUUGGACUGACAGACGUUGGAGACCUCUCUCCUGAAGACAUGAAGAAGAUCCGCUACCUCUCCCUGAUUGAGCUAACAGCCUUCUAUGAUGCACUGGGAGUCGAGCUGAAGAGGAACCGCACAGAGAGGGUGCGAGGACGAGAAAAUGGUCUUUUUGGAGUCCCUCUCACCAUACUGCUGGAGAAUGAUCAAAAGAAGGUUCCUGGAAUAAAAGUUCCCCUUAUUUUUCAAAAAUUGCUGCUUAAGCUUGAGGAAACAGGUUUAGAAACUGAAGGAAUUCUACGAGUGCCUGGAUCUGCCUCCAGAGUCAAGAAUCUCCAUCAAGAACUUGAGGCAAAAUUUUAUGAAGACACUUUUGACUGGGACCAAGUACGAAAUAAUGAUGCAGCAGGACUGCUGAAAAUGUUUAUAAGAGAACUCCCAAGCCCGCUCUUCACCGUAGAAUAUCUGCCUGCUUUCAUCACACUAGUGGAAAAAAUCUCCAAGAUCAAGUUACAGCUACAAGCUUUGCAUCUGUUGAUCAUGCUGCUGCCUGAGGCCAACAGAGACACAGCCAAGGCCUUUCUUCAGUUCCUGAAGAAGGUGGUUGCUAAUGAAGGAAAAAAUAAAAUGAAUUUGUGGAAUGUUUCUAUGAUUGUUGCACCAAACCUCUUCAUCUACAAAGGGAAACGUGCAAACCAACAAGAAAUGCAAGCAGCCGCCACCACAGCGCACAUUGUACGGCUUUUAAUUCGUUAUCAGGACAUCCUGUGGACAGGAGCUGUCACUUUUCCCCCAUACCUGCAGUCUGACAUACCCGAGGGGGUGAUAAGAGUUUAUGCUCCACUGCAUUCAAAAGUCUCUAUGGCAAUUCAACUCAACAGCCAAACAAAAGCCAAAGACAUCCUGGCUCGAUUCCACUGUGAAAACAGCCGCGGAUCAUCACAGAACACGAGAGGCCAGAUCCAAAGUUUACAUGAAAUUGGAGGAAAUAUAGGUCAGCACUGUUUGGACCCAGAUGCAUACAUGUUAGAUGUUUAUCGUGCAAAUCCUCAGGCAGAAUGGGUAAUAAAACCAAAAGCAAGCUGAAGCAGAAGGCUGCAGCAUACUGGACAAAAGCCAAAUUGACAACAGUGAUGCCUGUCAUUUUUAGAACUUCUUGGCAGAGACGGAACAAAAUGGUAGCUACAGGACAUCAUUCGUUCCUACUGUACUGUCCAACUGAUGUUCGCCAUAUACUACUUUUGGUAUAAGCAUUAUCACUCCAGUUUCUGAACUGUCUGAAAAUAUUACAUCAGUUAUGCUUUUAUAUGGGUUAGACUUGUGCCAGUUGGCCCAGGAGUUAAGGACAGACCAAGGUACGGUGCACAGAAAACAACCACCUGUCACAUGGAGAACUGGCUGUUUUCUGACCUGGUGGUAGGACAUGAAUUUUUGGAAAGAAUCCAGUGACACCCAUGGAUGCAUGAAACACUACCAACCACAGCAUAACACAGAAGCAUCACGGACUUCAAAGAGAGAAGGUAUCUGUCAAGCGUGGAAGAGAGGAGCUCGACCUGCAGCAGUGCCAGGACAUAGCUGUGUGACAAAAUCAAACCUUUCUGCUGAAAGUAAACCUGUACAGUGUGCAUUACUGCAAUAUUUAUGUCUCUGUCACUCCUCAUGAGUACCUGAUGCGGGGGGAGGGAGGGAGGCAAGAACUACUGUAUAGACAGCUAUACUGCUUUAUGUAUGUACCACUGUAUAUAUUACUACAAGUGUUCCAAAACCAUCUGUCUAGAUCACAUUACUGUGUGCAAUUGUAGCAUCACAAACUUUUUUCGCCUUCCUUCCCCUGUCGCACACACAAGCUUCAGGAGACAAAUGCUAGGUGAGAAAGGGCAUAUUCCCCUGGCUCUGUCUUUUACUUGAUAUUCUCAGAUUUAAGUCUGUAAUGCCAUAAUAUGUGUUAAUUAUGCCACUUACAGCCAUCAUCUUUUUUGUUAAACAUUAUAGUUUUUUUAAUUUGUAACCUAAUUCUUUUUUGUUUAUUUUAGCUUUAAUAUGUAAGCAACUUUUAUACUAUUCAGCUGCAUUGAGAAGAGAGAUCUUUGUCCAGAUCUUGUAUAAUAUAGCAUGGAGAAGGAAAAGAGCUUCCAAUGAGCUGAGGGAUUUAAUACUCUUAUUUAACACAUCAGGGCCUUAAAACCAUAGCCAAACUAGGCCCGGUUGUUCUGGGGGUUUUACAAACACAUAGCAAAAUGCAGCUCCUUUUAUAGCUGGCACGCAGCCUAUGAAAACACACAGGCUGACAAGAGAACAGUGGGCUGCAAUCGCACUGGGAAUACAGCAUAGCAGAUGUAAGAUUAUGUCUACUUUGUAGCCAGUCACAAGGAUCACUAUUCUUCACCUAAUUCUCUCAUUUUGGGCUAUACUUUAUAGAACUAAAGUGUGUUUAUUGAGUAGGGAAAUCACAAGUCUCUGGAAAACAGCAAGGAUGGUGGGUUUUUUUACACCUUUGCCUUGUGCAAAAAAUAGGAACUAAUGCCUUCAACUGCACAGCAACGUCUCUGUCAUUGGAUGAUGAUAUUGCAUAAUAAAUUCACCCACAGCCUCAGCAGUGGGUUUUGGUCCUGAUCUGGACACAGAUGAGGCAGAAGCUGGUGCUUUGUUUACCUGGUAGCAAUGUAAAAGCAUUCUGAACCAAAUCCUCCAGGUGUUCCGCAGAGAAAGCCUGUAACUUGCGACGGUCUGCUGAAGCUGUGCGAUGAAGAUUUGCACAUUCUAGAAACCCUGCUUCUGGUUCAAAGUUAAACAUGUUCCCCAGUAGUUAACUUUCAUUGUUAGUAUUCGGUGAAAGAAUUAGUAAUUUUACCAGUAACAGUAAAGUCUACAGAGGACAGAUCUCGCCUUUCUUUUUUACCUUGUUGAGGCUAAAAAUUGGUUAAAUUUAGCAACAUUAUCUUUUAAUUUUCUUUAAAAUAGUGAAAUUUUAAGUUAGCUUUUUUUUUUUUUUUUUCCUGAACACUAAUGGGUGCAUAUUUGCAGCCAGAAAAAGACCAGGACACUUUUAUUAUAAAAUACACUGCUUAGUUUGACAACUAUUUAUUUUAAGCAUAUUAAAGAUAGAUCUGUGGUUUGUUCAUAGGACUAAGCAUAACCCUUUUGUCAAGUGCUUUGUUCCUGAUUCUCUUCCAUUCCCUCUGUGGCAAUGGACAACUCUUUCUAAUAUGCUGCCCUUCUGUUUUAGCUGUAAAACAGGAUAUUUUCCUUAUAAAGGUAACAUGAGAAUUAGUCGAGUUAAAUUCUGCUCUCAGAUACAGCUAAACGAUUCCCCAAGCAGAACAGGAGUUAUAAACAUCCAUCUUGGAAGGACGAACUCAGCAAAGGGAUUUUAUGUGGAGAGUGCUUUGAAUAUGAAGAGCAUCAUAUAAAUGCUAAGCAUCAUUGUAUUUAUAGCCAAUGAAAGCUUUUAUGACUAUACAGAAAGCCUAAGCAUUAACUAAAGAAUUUGAAAUAUUGUAGCAAAUGAGAUAACUUUCUACAGGAGUUUCAGACAAAUACAUUGACCUCCUCCAUCUUGCCUGCUCCCUUACUUUGUGUUCUCAAUGCCCAUGCAAGGGAAAGUUCAGAGCACAUGUGUUCACACCAUCACCAUGAAACGAUGACUUAAUCAAAAUUAUUUCUGAAAUAGAUCUCACUGUAUUCCAUACAGGAUACAAGGGCUUUUUGGAAGACUUUCACUGUUUACCACUUUGCAACUUAGGAAAGCCAAAUCGGAUGUAAUGAAAUCCAUUCUGUGAACACUUGUUUUAUACUAAAAUCGCUUAUUACUUUAGAAGACAUGCAUAUUAGCAAAUGAACUAGAUUGUACGUACAGUGCCUAAACUACUACAUGGCCAAAUACCUGCUGUCUCUGAAACAGAAUGGCAUGGCAAAAUUCUUUUUUGAUACAAAUGGAGCUAAUGACCCAUGUGUACUGUGGUUAAUACUGUUACACAUUAAGUUGUUUUGUCUUGUUGUGGUACGCUAACUUGAUUUAAUAUGCAGCAAACUAAACAAUCUCUAUGACAUUUUUGAAUAUGAGGUUUCAACUUUAGGCCUUAUAUUUUGAAAUGCUGGUGGAGGCACUGGGAAUUUUGUUCCUCCUAACAGCAAUUGAAGUCAAAAUCAAGUCAUGGUAGGACUGUCACCUAACAAAAAGCAACAUAUGUGGAAAGCUAUUAAGAAAGUGGCAGCAAGCGGGGAGAAACUUAAUCAGCAAACUCCAAAGAUGCCUCAAGAAUUUAUGUACUCUAUGGUUCUACAAAGACAGCAUUUUGCAUAUCAACACAGAGAGUGUAUUGCAAGAAGUAGGUAUUGGAAACAGACUGGAAUGCUCUAACCUAUUCGUGCAGCUAAUGUCAUUAGAAUGUGUGCAUGUGUGCAAAUGUGUCUGUGUCUGUGUACAAUAUUAAACUACCUCAUUCCACAUUUUCCAGGAAAAAUAUUUUGGCUUAGAGGUUUGCUAUUCCAAAACUUUCUAUUAUUAAUAGAAAAUAAAACCUCUCCACUAGUCUUUUACAAUGAUAAAAUGUUUCUCCUUCUAAGGGGCAAGGUUUGGAAAUUACCAAAAAAAUAUCAAGAGACAUAUUUCAGAAUAUGGACAAAAUUUUAUCCAAACCACGUUGCCUCAAUUACUGAUUAUAACAUGAACCAUAUGAGAUCAGAUCUUGGGGUUAACAGACAACAAAUAUAAACAUACUGUGUUUCAGUUUUUAUUUUUCUAUGGCUUUCCAUUAAUGAGUGUCUUCUCUAGAAAAUAAUACAAUGCCACUAAUCAAAGCAAAAUGUUUGUAUGUAUGUUUCUCUUAUAAUCCUCAUUAUGUGUUUUGUUGAAGUAAGCCCACACGUUUAAGUGUAUUUGUACAGCAGAAUGUGUCCAUUGUAUUGUAUCCAUGUCAAAAAUAAAAACAAUACCAACAAAGAAAGCUCUUCAAAUCUAAACACAUGGUUUUCACAUAGAAGCAGGUGACAGAAAUUGAAAAAAACAGUUGUGAAUCUGUCUUAAAAGCAAUUCUGUUGUGAUAGCACCUGAACAGCUACACAGAGGACCACAUUCUGCCAUCCUUCCUCGAGUAGAGCAGUUCUUUGCUCUCAGACUACCUCGAUGGAAGGUACAAAAUGACGCUGCUUGGAACCCUGCCACACUGAAAGCAAUGACAAACUGCUUUAGGGUUUCACCUGAGCCAGUGUUUUUUAAACUAGUAUGAUGUACGUAGAGCAAAACUGACUUUAGAAUGAAUUGUAAAAAUUCAUAGUAAAAGCCAAACAAAAUUUUAAGAGGCAAACAAAAAUACUGCUAGUUCAAAAGGAAAAAAGGAGAUGGAAUUGACUUGUAAAGAACUAUUAUAGGUGCAUCUUGAAAUACGAAACAUGUUUGUCACUGCUCAGUGAUCCAGCCAGUUGAUGAAUGAAUGUCCUUACCUAGGUCUGAUCAAGCACAUGUCCCCCAAACCUGGCUCAAGCACAACUACUAGAUGACUCAUUUUAGAAAUAAAGGCAGACACAGUAGGAAAAGGUAAAGACAAAAAUACUGACUGGUCUGUGAAUUAGGAAUCGCACAGUACCAAAGGUCCUUCCUUGUGUCCUGUAAGAAAUACAGUUUUCCUAAGAAAGAUGUAUUAGUUCUUAUUGCCAAAAUACAUGGUUGUUCCCAAGCUAGAUCCAAAUUGUUUUGUUGGUAAAAAAACAUUUCAUAUGUGUCUCUCUGC